AUGAACAAUGACCUCUACGUGCCAUCAAAGCUUGAAGCCUACGGUUUUAGCAGCUACAAUGCAGGGAGCAGCUCUCAUGACUCUGGGAGGCGCAUGAAUGUCAGCCAUGCGCUGCCUCUGCAUGACAAGGCGUCUCCGCUUGCAGACUUGAUGAUCUUGAUGAGGAACCAAGAAAAAUCCUUCCUGCUGCAGGCGGCCCGUUGCAGGAGUGCUAUUCGAAGGAUGAUGGCGCUUGAAAGGAUCAUAGUGACCCGAGGGCGGUGGGGGAACAUUCCUCCCGAGAUAACGAGCGAAGUGACUCAGUGGAGGGCAUGCAGCAAGCAGGUCGAGAGAGACUUCAGCGUGUUUCAGAAGGGCGCAGCGUCGAAGAUCGCCUCGAUUCUCAAGGAGCAUGAUGUCGGCAAAUGGUAUGACAUGCCGUCCGUUGAGGAGUACGUCACGUCCCCGAUCGGCUCUCCCGACCAUCACUCCGAGGAGGAUGAGACGCUGACGAAGGCGAAGAAGAUCAAGCCUUCCAUCCGUCGGGUUGACGGGCGAACUACAGGGAAAAUGCAGAGAGGUCCUUCGUUCGGCGCUGGAAUCCCUGCCGGAGAUACGCCCCUCCCGCAGCAUUUGGAGGAUGAAUUCAGGAUCGGGACGUGGUAUGGCAUACCGAUCUAUGGAGUUACCAAGACCAAGGAUGGAAAUUAUGAGUAUGCAGCGGGAACAGAGUUGCACUUGGUGUGGGAUGUCGACCAGUCGAAGUUGGUCGGCGAGGGGACAAACGAUGUCGAGCUAGUGUUGAAAUGCGUGCUAUGGUGGAAGGAAGAGUUGCAGCAUGACAUGGAUUUCAUUCCUCCACAGGUGGAUCUGCAGACCAGGCAUGAAUUCAUCGAAUACUGCAAACAGUUCAAUAUGUCUCAGGCUCUCGAUAGCAUGAUCCAUUUCUUGUCUCGUCCGGGUUUGAAGGAAUUUGUAAACUGCCACCCGCAGGCAAAGUGGUGGACUUUUACGAACAAAGAUCGUACAGUUGCUGGACAGAUUGUUCGGGAUGUAUCCGAUGAGAAUGGACUGGUAGGGAUGUUUCAAGAUGACCCCCACGAGGUUUCGGGGAGACCUGUAGUGGAUGCGAACAAGCUGGCCCUGCAACUGCUGGACAUCAGUGCGAACAAGCACGCGGGAAUUGUUCAAGAAGAAAGACCUCUUGUUGGCGUCAGAGGGCAACAAAAAGAUAUGGCUAGAAUCGCAAAGCUGAUCUCGAAGAAGAACAAGGAGCGCGGAAUGCCAGACAAACCCGUAACGAUCGUGUUGCUGGAUGACAAGGAUAAAGAUGCGUACGGAAAUUGCCAGGCCAAUGACGAGCGAUGUCUGGCAGUCCUGCCGCCCUACGACGCUGUCUCUGUAAAGUUCGAGAACGACUUUGUGGAUGUGAUGGAGCAAUACAUCCCGCUAAGAUUGUUGAGAAAGUUCUUCAAGGCGUUCAGGUCAGCUGACAGCUCUCAUGCUCUAGUUCAGUGCGUGGAGAUCAUGAGCGACGACCAGAGCACUUUGUUGAAGCGCCAGGGAAUCAUAGAGGAUCCGAUCUUCGAGUGGAGACCCAAACUUGCAGCAGAGGAGGCCCUCCCGCCUGCCAUGUUCCGGUUCGUCCCGAAGGAGUGA